CCUGGGCCUGGCCCAGGUUCGGCUCCGCUGGUCGAGGUGGAUACGGAGGUGGCAGCUGUGGGAGGAGGCGGCUUGGGAGGCCGAGGAGCUCCAGCCCAGACCAAUCUCCGCGUUCCGGGCCACGACCCUGAUCCUGCAGCGCAUUGAGAAGCGAAGCUGGCCGAAUGGGCCGCUGAACCCCAGUCGGGGACCGUGUGGAGCCCCCUGGAGCUAAGAUCAGGAUGUUCCGCUUCAUGAGGGACGCGGAGCCUGAGGAUCCCAUGUUCCUGAUGGACCCCUUUGCUGUUCACCGUCAGCAUAUGAACCGUGUGUUGUCAGGUGGCUUUGGAUAUAGCCCCUUCCUCAGCAUCACAGAUGGCAACAUGCCAGGGACCAGGCCUGCCAGCCGCAGGAUGCAGGCUGGGGCUGUCUCCCCCUUUGGGAUGCUUGGAAUGUCGGGUGGCUUCAUGGACAUGUUUGGGAUGAUGAACGACAUGAUUGGGAACAUGGAACACAUGACAGCGGGGGGCAAUUGCCAGACAUUCUCAUCCUCCACUGUCAUCUCCUACUCCAAUACGGGUGAUGGUGCCCCCAAGGUCUACCAAGAGACAUCAGAGAUGCGCUCAGCACCAGGCGGGAUCCGGGAGACUCGGAGGACUGUUCGGGAUUCAGACAGUGGACUAGAGCAGAUGUCUAUUGGGCAUCACAUCCGAGACAGGGCCCACAUCCUCCAGCGCUCCCGAAACCACCGCACAGGGGACCAGGAGGAGCGACAGGACUAUAUUAACCUGGAUGAGAGUGAGGCUGCAGCAUUUGACGAUGAGUGGCGAAGGGAAACAUCCCGAUUCCGGCAGCAGCGCCCCCUGGAAUUUCGAAGGCAUGAGGCGUCGGGGAGUGGGGGACGAAGAGCUGAGGGGCCUCCCCGCCUGGCCAUACAGGGACCUGAGGACUCCCCCUCCAGACAGUCCCGCCGUUACGACUGGUGAGGGCCCUUGGCCCUUAGUCUCUCUUGUAAGU